ACUGGCUGUCAGGCUGGGGUUUUGUAACAUUUUAACAAAUUGGGAGUCAAAUGCACGUCUUUUGGAGAAAACAGUUACAGUAAAACACAAUGAACAACUAAAGUAAUCGCAGUUGCUGAUUAAAAAUAGCCAGUGGGACAGAACAGAUCUGAAAGGAUGAGCCUCUUUCAUCUUUCAGUAAACUGCUUUCUCAUACCAUGGGAAUAGUAACUGCUUACACGUGACUGAGCACUGUGGAUUCAUGGCUUUGGAAGUUGAAAGAAUAUUUUCUGAGAUGCCAUCAGAGAUGGAAACAAAGACCUGGAAUUACUCUGACCAAGAGAAGGAUAUUCCGGAGCUUGUUCAUGGUGUGCAUCAGCUCAUGACCAUUGAUGAAUCAAAGUCUCCUGCACACAGAUCCAGAGAGGCACUUUCAGCACAAGAGCCUAAGUCAUAUUCAGUAAUGAGUCCUGGAGAGUCACUCAGUUGCAGCCAGAGGAAGACAGUUACAAUCAAACCGUUUUCCAGAUAUUCUUUAGGGAAAGCCAAGAAUGCAAUGAGAAAGCCAUUGUAUGACAUUUCUACUGACCACAAGAAGCACUCAGAAACGGAUUUACAUGUAGAGGACAAAAGUACCACACUACCAACUCCAAGUUGUGAAUAUCAGUCAAAGUCAGUGAAAAUAAAUGACAAUACUGAUUGUGGUUCACCUCAUCAAGGCUUGUAUGAACCAGCAACCUCACAUGCAGCAUCGUACUCUAGAGAGGGGAAUACGUCAUACCACCAAACAGGUUUAAGAUUCGAUAGUGGGACCCCUUGGUCUAGUAGAUGUUGCUUCUCCAGUCCACCUCUUGGGGACUACAGCACUAUGGUGAAGAUGAGUCCCAGAGGUCUGUCUGCCCCCCGACCAUCUUCAGUAGAAGCAUCUAAUCCUUAUUCACGACUGUCAAAAAAAAAUACAUCUCAAGUUUGGAAGUCUCUUAAUGCAUCCACUCGUUCUGGUAGGUCCUUGCAUCAUAGCCUAGAUGAGCCACUGGAUUCCAAGGACAGCAGGGAAAAAUGUCCUUAUCAGGCUGAUUACUGGGCAUGUGCAAUCCCUAGCGCCUUACCUCCAUCUCCCAACCGAAUGUCUCCUCAUUGGGAUCCUAAUGAGGAAUACAGGGUCUUGCUUGAUUACACCUAUCCCUUAAGACCAAAUCAUUCUUGUUCCAGGGGCAAAUCAGGUGGGGAUCCUAUAGUUUCUGACCCAUUGCUGCACGACUCUGGUAUUGAGCUUGAUAGCUUCUGUUACUCCACUAACAACACUCUGAGGUCAACACCGUGCCUUGAAUGCGACACUGCAGUUUUGAUAAACGACAAUUCAGCUACUGAGAGCCCGUUCUCAGGCAAAGGCUUACGACCCUCAGGUCCAGAGUAUAAGGAACCCUGUCAUUUGAAAUUGGGUUUUGUACACCAGCAGCAUGUAGGUUCUUCAAGAAGGUCCAUCAGCCCAUAUUCUUCAGAUGACUAUGUGGAUCUUUCAUUAGAAAACUCCAACAGUUCGGCCUGGUUUGAAUCACAUAACAAAAAACUUGAACAGAGAAUGUGGCACCAUAAAUAUGGGGUCUUUUCAUCUGCUGCAUCCAAGCCUUGUUUUAUCCCCACUACACAGAUCCUUCCACUACACAAAGCAUGGGACAGUGAUGAAGAAUACCUUUCUCUGCCUCUAAGGUUAAAGGAGUUGGAGGUAUUAUCACAACAAUUAAAUACCAUAGCGGUGCAGAUAAGCAAGCCUGGGGAUGUGUGCUGUGAAACACAAUCUGUUCUGGAAAAGGAUACUGCUUCACCCAAGACCCUGUAUAAUCAAGUGGAGCUCAUGACUGGUGAGGGAAUUACAGAUGCUGGUGCCCUAUUUGGAACGCAAACCAUCAAGGAAGACUAUGACCUAGAGAAUGACUUACAAAGUGCGGAGGGUGAACUUACAAAAAGCAGGCUGAAAAAGGUCUCUUAUUUUAUGGAGCAGCUUGGAGGAUUAUCUCUUUUUGAAUUUGAAAAGAAGACACAAGUUGACCACAGCGGUGGAGAAACAAAGGAAUCGCUUAUGCAACACAUUCAGACAUUUUGCUAUAAACUGGAGGAGCUAAUUCAAUGGCUAUACCAAGUAGCUGAGAAAAUAGACAGCUGGAAUCCUCCAGCACCAGACAUCGACAGUGUCAAGGCCUCCCUUGAUGUCUACAAGAAGUUCCAGAAGGAAGUGGAUGAACACCAGCCUCUUACCACAGCAGUUUUAAAAACUGGAGAAAUUCUUCUUUGCUGCAUGAGCUCCACCUCCCCAGUUCUAAAGGAAACUCUGGGGUUGGUUGAAAAACAGUCGGAGGCCCUGGACAAGCAUGCAGAACACUUGUACUCCUCGAUACUGACCGCUAUGGAUAUCAUUCGAGAUGAGGUGCUGACAAUGUCUGACCCAAGUGGUGAUUCUACUGUGGAUUCAAUUGAGGUAAAAAGUAAGGUAACCAUUUCAGAAUGCACAAUUCAAGAAGACAGAAUACCAUUGUAAUUUUAGUUUUAAAUAAGCAAAGAUUUAUCUUUCAUUUAUUUAUAUUUUUCUAGGGGAAAUCCGAUUUUUGGACCCUGUAGGUUAAUUGAAUGAUUCCACUUGGUCAUUUAGAGUUGGAAGAUUUAUAUUACUAGUGUAAGUGCAUUCAGUUGGGACAGUCUCCUGUGUAGCAAUGCAGGAUUCAUUUGUUGCUUUGAUGUUCUGGUAUGAAAUAUCACUUCCUCAAAACAUACUAAUUUUUUUAUAUUUAUAUAUAAAGAGUCAAUAGCUGAAUGAAAGUGGAUUUGUGGAACAAGAUCCAGAACUACGAAGACACAUUAUCUCCAUCAACACUACGUUUCACUGGUUAUGUAAAUGUAUUUUUUUCCCCAUAAAUGGUACCCUUGAUUUUUUUUCUGUGGCAUUAAUAUAAUUUAGUUCUGUUGUGCUGUACAAUAAGAUGAUGCAUAACAUGCUAUUGUAGAAUCUACUUUAAGGUUAGUCUAUUGCCUAUAAUGAUUUUCAGGAAUAUGGUAUAUUAUUACACCAUAUUUUAGGAAUGUAAUUAUCAUGUUUGAAAUUUUCCACAAUUUUAUUUGGAGUAUAAUGUGGGUGUUAUAACUUAAUUUAUCUUUCAUAAAUGACUGCUCAGGUUUUCACUGAUGAGUAAAUUGCCUUACUCUAGGAUUCGAUUUAAAUUGUGGCACCACUGUACUUAUAAAGAGUUUUGAAGUUUUUGUUAUCACAUGGCUGUUUGCUGCAGACCCUUCUUUGUCUGAAAGUUUGAUUAAUGUGUGCAAUAGAACAGGGAAAUAAUGUACUUUUGUAAACUUGAUGAAUAAGCAACAUUAUUAAAUAAAUCCUACCACAAAUAUGCAGGCUUUACAAUAAAACACUUGUAUUCACACAAUUGUGUGGCAUUACAAAACUUAGUCAGCACUGUAUUCAAUGAUUUUCACCAAGCAGCAUCUUUUUUUCAUUGACAGAUGAUCUAAUACCCGAGCCUUACUUCUUAGUAAUACUAAUGAUUUCAGUGUAUUUCUGCUAUUGUUUUGCCUUACUUAUGUGAUUGUAAUCAUUUGUGUAUGUGUUAUUUCUGCUCUUCCACUGCUUUGACACAUCAUGUAAGAAAUACUUUUAAUGCAGUAAUUGUGAACUGAUGAAAGGUUGGAAAUGCAGUUUUAUAUGGAAGUUUACAGUAUUAUCUGAACAAUGCAGUCAUAUUUUAACAGAAAUUUAGCUUUAACAUCAAGGGGAUCUUAGAUGGAAAAACUAAAAUAAUGUUUGACAAUAACCAAAGUAUACUAGGAUGCCUUUUGUCGCACACUAACAUUUUUGGAAUACGGCAUUCAUAUAUCCAUCACAUUUGAUGAACAAAUACAGCAGAUCUUCAUUCCAAAAGUACAUCAAUGGUACUGCUUAAAUACUAGUCCUUUUUAUAAUUUCAAGUUGUAUACUGUAUGCGGCCUUAUAGUAAUUUAGCCUUCACUGCUGUUAUCUAUGGUACCAGCAGUUAGGUUUCCUUUGUGAAAUCAAACAUGUCCAGUCUAAAAUUAGAAAGGAAGGAACCUUGCUGAUUGCAGGGAGUAUAACAGCAAUGAUACACAUACAAAGUAAAUUAGAAAAGUGAAAUACGUUUCCCUUGUAGUACUGCAAUGUCUCUAAAUAAACUGAAAAUACUGAAAGCUUUAUACAGUGGGCUGCAGUCAGAUGAUAAACGUGCGGGUCCCGGGUCCCUGUGCUAGUGGACUGUGCGAGUGGAUGAAUGCAUCUGCAUUGGAUGAAAAGCAGACUAAAUAAGUCCUGGUACACAGUACCGACAGAAUUUCAUCCCUGGGGUCAAGUAACUUGAUCUUUAAACAAAACUACAAUGCAAUGUUAAAUGGGUUGUUUUUAGUGCAGAACCAUUAACACUUACAAAAUUCCUGUUAGAGGCUGACAAUAGACGGCAAGAUGCCAAUUUAGUUGUUAAACCAACAUACUCUAGACCAGCAAGACGGCAGCCAAUGGAAUGUGGAUCCUUUUAAAAUGUAUUGGGUUAGCUACAUUUUUUUUUUAAACCCAAUUUCUGUACCCUGUAUGGUCUUUACCACUUGUACAUAUAUCUUUAUUUAAUGUAAUGUUAUAAAAUCGGUUAAUACACAGCUUUGGGGCAUUAACAGGUUUAUAAUGUCCUUAGCCAACAUGUUCAUGUUCUACACUAUAAUGGAUUUAUUUGCUUCACGCUACAUGGGCUUAUUUUUAUUAUUUGUUUAUUUAGCAGACGGCUUUAUCCAAGGCGACUUACAGAGACUAGGGUGUAUGAACUAUGCAUCAGCUGCAGAGUCACUUACAACGUCUCAUCUGAAAGACGGAGCACAAGGAGGUUAAGUGACUUGCUCAAGGUCACACAAUAAAUGAGCUGGGAUUUGAACCAGAGACCUGGUUACAAGCCCUUUUCUUUAACCACAGGACCACAGUCUCCUUAUAUACAGUACUACAGCGAGUAUGAAAUUGUUAAAACUCUUUUCUGUGAAUUACCAUAGUUGUGUAACCAUUUCAACAAAAUAAACCAUAAAAUGCAAG